AAUGCGAUCAUGCUGCACGCCGUCGCAAUGCUCUUGUCCCAGGUAGACUUCCGAUUCCACUCCGCCCGACAAUCAUCUCUAGACUCUCUCUCUCGUGUCUCAGGUCGUAGCCCUGACUCUGCAUAUCUGCGCUCAUGGGGCGAACACAAACCAAGUCUGUCGCCCGUGUAUAUGCCGAUGUGAAUGCGAAGCUAGGCCCCUCAUGGCAUGAAUAUGAUAACCUACAGGUUCAGUGGGGCCCUCAGGAUCACUACGAGAUUGUCAGGAAGGUGGGCCGUGGAAAGUACUCCGAGGUGUUCGAGGGGAUCAACAUAGCGAACGACGAGAAAUGCAUCAUCAAGGUACUGAAGCCGGUGAAGAAAAAGAAGAUCAAGCGAGAAAUCAAGAUCUUGCAAAACUUGGCCGGCGGUCCUAACGUUGUCGCUCUUCUGGACGUCGUUCGCGACCCAUCCUCAAAAAUUCCCAGCCUGAUAACGGAAUAUGUACACAAUGUGGAUUUCAAAGUGCUAUACCCUCGUUUCACCGACUAUGACGUGCGAUUCUACAUGUUGGAGUUGCUCAAGGCUCUGGAUUACUGCCAUUCCAAGGGCAUCAUGCAUCGAGACGUCAAACCUCACAACGUCAUGAUUGAUCAUGAACGACGAAAGUUGCGUCUCAUCGACUGGGGACUGGCCGAGUUCUACCACCCGAAAACAGAAUACAACGUGCGAGUCGCUUCACGAUACUUCAAAGGCCCGGAGUUGCUGGUCGACUUCCAGGAGUACGAUUACAGCCUUGAUAUGUGGAGUUACGGCUGCAUGUUCGCGUCUAUGAUCUUCAGGAAGGAGCCUUUCUUCCAUGGUCACGACAACUACGACCAGCUUGUCAAGAUCACGAAGGUGCUUGGCACGGAAGGUCUCUACCAGUAUAUCGAGAAAUACGACAUUGCACUAGACCCUCAAUACGACGAGAUCCUUGGCAACUACCCGAAGAAAGCGUGGUCACGUUUCAUUACGUCGGAGAACCAGCGGUACAUAUCAAACGAAGCUAUAGACUUCUUGGACAAGCUCCUGCGAUACGACCAUCAGGAGCGGCUCACUGCGCGGGAAGCACAGGCGCACCCCUACUUCGAUCCUGUGAGAAACGCCAGCGUGCACGACCCCGAUAGCGACGGUUCUCCGGCAUAGCAGCCAAAUUUACAUCUGUCUCAUGACCUAGGAAGGCCAGGACUCCGCCAGCUAAGCUAUGAUCUAUAUAGACCGCUGUCGUGUCGUGUUGCUGCGGACGAGAUGCUGUCUCUAAUGUACG